CUUCGACGGCAGCAGCAGCAAGGAGGGAUUCAUCCAGUUCAGCGCGUACCGCAUCACACCCCACCGCGUGGUCGCGAUGGGCCUCAUGCCUCUCACACACCAUGACGUCAUCACUGCCCAGCACUGCUGGUGGGAGUCAGCCAAUGGGCAGUGGACAGAUGGCGCCAUCUCAGUGAAGUUCCCAGGGGAGCACCAUGCACGCGCCUAUGAGUGUGUGCUGCUGUACUGCGACCUGCAACGACCAGUCAGCUCCAUGGUGGGCGGCACGCUCAAGAUGGCGGUGGAUCAGCAGGACGUGGUGGUCUACAAGGAGAGCCCCGGCACGCCCGAGCCUCCGCCAGAGGUUCGGGAGGACGUGCGGGUGUUUGAGCGCAACCUGACCUACUGCUCCGCGCCCAUGUUUGGGGCGAUCGACACGCAGCGGCUGCUGGAGUGGAUCGAGUUUCAUAGAUCGGUUCACGGUGUUGAUUAUCUGCGCAUGUAUGAUGCAGGGGCCAUGGAUGAUGACGUCAUGGCAGCUCUGAGGCCGUACCUCAGGGCGGGCAUCAUGGAUAUCACUGACAUCAGGGGGGCAGCACUCUAUGACACGUGGAGCUAUGCGCAGGUGCUCAUGGUGAACGACUGCGCUCUCAGGUCUCGACAACUCACCCAGUGGGUGCUAUUCAUGGACGUGGACGAGUACAUUCACGUGGUGGAGCCGCCACACUCGCUGCUCGUCUUUCUCAACUCGGUGCCCGCCAUCCCCUGGCUCUCCUUCGGAUCCCUCACCUUCCCUCUUGACAUCUGCGGCAAGAUACAGGAGGCGGGGUGGGAGCCGUGGGCAGUGGAGCAGCUGGUGUUUCGAGAGCCGGUGCCGCACUGCAAGGAGCCCACCAAGUACUACAGUCGAGACGCAUGCCUCAAGUGGGACGGCCAUCGAAAGUACGUGGUCAACCCUCGAGCAGCGCAGGUGCUGCAGAUUCACCGGGUCUACGAGCUCAACGCUGCCUAUGAUGCCAAUGCUCCCCCUGAUGCCGCUGCUGCUGCCUCUGGUGCAGCUGCCGCUGCCCUUCUGGCCACUUCCGGCAGGGAAGAGGGUUCUUUUCUCGAUUUUCCAUCCAUCCCCUCCUGUUGUGCUUCAUCCCUUCCUCCAUCUUUCCUCUCCCGCAUUUUCUCGCCCUCCAUUUCCUCCCCCAUCUUCUUCCUCCCUUCAUUCCUCCAUGUCUUCCCCCUUCUUUGUUCCCUCUUCCCCUUGCCCUUCUUUCUUUCCUCGCUCCCUUCCGCCCUCCUUUCUUCCACUCUUCCCCCUUCUCGUCUUCUACAUCUAUCAUUUUCUGUUCUCCAUCUCCCACCUCCCUCCCAAGCUGCCUCAUCGUUUAUCUGCCUCCGUCCUCCCUCUUCCCGUCCCUCCCUUCCCCGUCUCCAUGUUGACCCUCCCCUCAUUCUUCCUUCCCAUCCUCCCCACCCUCCGCCGCUUCACCUUGAGAAUCCUAACCUAUUCCCCUCCACCCCACCCCUCUCCUCCUUGAGCCCCCCCCAUUGCCACAUGCUCUGCAUCACUCCUCUUCCUGCCUACCAUAUCGCCACCAUUACAAACUCACGAAUCACUCUUUCUCAGCCAAUCUACUACAUUCACCCACUUUCGUUGCGCUCUUGCCCUGUUGCACCCGUGCCCCUACUGUCUCCUGCUCCUCCAGUGGCGAAGCUUGACAUGGGGGGAACAGGUUUCCCUCCUCGGGAUGACGAUGGGGGUGGUGGAGGAGGUGGGGGUGGUGGUGGUCGCUUCUG